AUCAACCGUGCUUUUUAUUCCUUUGAAGUUUUAGACUGAAAAUUCCUUUUUAAUUUUUACAUGAAUUUUCUGACCAAUAUGUGCAAGUCUGGUUCAUGCUAAUAUCAUAAAUUAGCUACCAUGCAUUAUUCUAUUGGGAUACAUGCAGCCCUUGUGCUUUGCCUCAUUGCAUCACUGGCAUCAACUGGAAAGGCAAGAUCAGCUCCAGCCAAACAAGAUCUCAUAGACACCAGCAAGUACCUCAACACUGACGAUGUGUACCGCCUUGCCAAAUCUCUCAAGUCUUCUUAUCCAAAGCUAGUUGACUUCUAUAGUGCUGGAAAAUCUGUAAAAAUCAGAGAACUUUUGGUGAUCAAAAUCAGCAAUAAUGUCACAAACAGAGAUCUUGGUGAGCCAAUGUUCAAGUAUGUGGCCAACAUGCAUGGGGAUGAAACAAUUGGACGUCAGCUGGUCAUCUAUCUUGCUCAGUACCUGCUCAAUAACUAUGGAAAAGAUGAUAGGGUCACAAAGCUGGUGGACACAACAGAGAUCCAUUUGAUGCCUUCCAUGAACCCUGACGGCUUUGAGCUGGCAAAGGAAGGACGAUGCAACAACCCACCUGGAUUUGGCAGAGAAAACUCCAAUAAUGUGGACCUGAAUAGGGACUUCCCUUCACAAUGGCUGGACUUGGCAACUACGGACUCUGGGGCUAUGCUGGAGGGCCGGCAGCCCGAGACAGCCGCUGUUAUGACCUGGAUUAUGGCAAAUCCUUUUGUGCUCUCUGGCAACCUCCAUGGUGGCUCUGUGGUUGCCAGCUACCCUUUUGAUGAUUCAAAGUCUCACCAGCCAACAGGCUAUUACAGUGCAGCUCCUGACGAUGAAGUGUUCAAGCACCUGGCCAGGACCUAUGCCAAUAACCAUGCCUUCAUGGCCUCAAAGACUGACUGCAAUGGUGAUAAUUUUCCUGGUGGCAUAACCAAUGGUGCUCACUGGUAUGAUGUGCCUGGAGGCAUGGAGGACUUCAACUACAUGUUCGGGUCGUGCUUUGAAGUGACCUUUGAGUUAUCCUGCUGCAAGUACCCUACUGCAGACCACCUACAGGAGGAGUGGGACAACAACAGGGAAGCUCUCCUCGCAUACAUGGAGCAGGUGCACAUCGGUGUUAAAGGGAUAGUUCGUGACAGCAAAGAUAAGGUGGGCCUGGAAGGCGUACGUGUCGGUGUGCGCUCUGUUAACCACACCGUCCUGACCAGCAAGAGGGGGGAGUACUGGCGCCUGUUGCUGCCCGGCAACUACACCCUCUACGCUGAACUUAAUGGGUACAAGCCACACGAAGAGCUCAUUGAGAUCAAGGAAGGCCAGCCCAGUGUCAUCAAUAUUCUGCUGGAGAGAGAUGCUGCUGGUCGAGAGCUCGAAGGCUCUGCUGCUGUUGAGGUGCGGGGCGUCCCCCACCAACUUCCCCACGGGGACACAUGGUCCCCCAGCCUCCCCGAGCACGAGGGCUUCACCACCCCACCUGACUUCCGGUACCACCGCUACCCGGAGCUAGAGGCCACCCUCAAGGCCCUGGUGCAGCGCUACCCUCACCUGACGAAGCUCUACAGCGUCGGCCAGAGCGUCCAGGGCAGAGAGCUUUACGUCCUCGAGAUCUCUGACAACCCUGGGCAACAUGAGCCUGGUGAGCCUGAGUUCAAGUACAUCGGCAACAUGCACGGCAACGAAGCUGUGGGGCGAGAGCUGCUGCUGCUGCUGGGGCAGUACCUGCUGGAGGGCUACGGCGUCAGCGAGCGUCUCACCGCCCUCAUCAACACCACCAGGCUGCACAUCAUGCCCUCCAUGAACCCUGAUGGCUUCGAGGUGUCUCAGGAAGGCGACUAUGGAGGCGUUCAGGGAAGAGCAAACGCUAACGGAUUUGACCUCAACAGAAAUUUUCCCGACCAGUACGAGCGCACGAGGUUCAACAGCGUGCAGCAGCCAGAGACGCUCGCAGUGAUGCAGUGGUCUAAGCAGCACAAGUUCGUGGGGUCUGCUAACCUACACGGCGGGACGCUGGUCGCUAACUUUCCCUGGGACAACAACGAGCUGGGCAGGAGUGGUCUGUACAGCCCCGCCCCUGACGACCAGACCUUCAGGCGCCUUGCCAAGGUCUACUCCUAUGCGCACCCCACGAUGCACCUCGGCAAGCCGUGCUCCGCCAGCGACGAGGUCUUCCCUGAGGGCAUCACCAACGGCGCCCGCUGGUACUCCGUGUCGGGGGGCAUGCAGGACUGGAUGUACAUCCAUACGGAUUGCAUGGAGCUGACGCUGGAGGUAUCGUGCUACAAGUUCCCCCCCGCCACGGACCUCCCCCGCUACUGGGGGGCCAACAAGCUCUCCCUCGUCAGCCUUAUCGAGCAGGUGCACACGGGCGUACACGGGUUCGUGCAGGAUCACAACAACAACCCUGUGGGGGGCGCUACCAUCUCUGUGGGGGGCAUCGACAAGACUGUCACCACCGCCGCCACCGGCGACUACUGGAGGCUCCUCGAGCCUGGGCCCCAUACCCUGACCGUCAGGGCACCAGGCUACGCAUCUUCAACAAAGACCGUGACUGUACCGCACGGCUAUGCAGUCUCACUAAAUUUCUCGCUACCACUUGAUGACUCGCCCCAGUGGUCUUCCAUUGAAGACUUUGGUCUGAAAGCAAAUCUGGCGCAGACUUACCUUAGCAAUGCAGACCUUGACUCUGCCAUGGCAGAACUUGAGAACUCCAACCCAGACCUCGUAGAGUUCUUAGCUAAUGAUAAUGACUGGAGUGUGAGAGUGAGAGCUCUGCGCAUCCGAGAUCCCAAGGCUGACAGUGGCCGCCUGAGUCGCGUGGUGGUGCUAGGAGGGCUGUACGGCAGUCAGUCAGCAGGACGAGAGCUGACACUGCGGCUGGCACGUCACCUGACGGCGGGCUACAAACUGCAGCACAAACGCGUCGCUGACAUCCUGGCUGACGUUGACGUCAUCAUCGUGCCAGCUGUUGACAGGGACGGCUUUGACAGGCAACAUCCUGGUGAGUGCUGGACAAUUCCAAUGGACGACGCGAGGGCCUCGCCUGCCGUGGCCCCACGCGAAGAGGCCCUACAGUUCCUGACGCAGGCCUACGCGAAGGCCCACCCCACCAUGCUGCAGAAGGAGAACCCAUGCCACGUGUUCACGCGCAACGCGCCGUCAGGAGUGAUACACGGCAGCGCCCUGGGGGUCUACACGCACUCCCUGCUCGACUACGCCUCUAGUGUCGGCAUACCGGCGGUGGCGGCUCACGUGUCGUGUUGCAACUACCCCGACCCUGGGGACCUGCCGAGGCUGUGGCGCGAGAACCUGCCUCCUCUGCUGGGGUUCCUUGAGGCCGCGCGGCAAGGUAAUCCCCAGAACAAUGUUGCCCCUUCUUCCCCUUCCUUUAAUGGGGCUGGGGUUCCUUCCCUCCCGAAGCAACCUACCCACAACAGCAUUCCUCUCACCGACAUCCUCAUCCUUGCUAAUGCUGGGGGAAGCGCUGGACCUGGGAACAAAAAAGAUGGCGAGGAUAAUCCAAACGGAGCGAACGAAAAUAUCGGUUUCCCGAGCCCCGGGAGCGACCACACUCCGUUGCAACCAGUAACACCUCCGCCUAGUGGUGACAACGGUGGUGGUGUUCCUAGUAACCAGGGUAACGCUAGUGCUGGGGCCCAGGGUAAUCAUGACUUGUUCCCACCUGGUACUCCUGCUGGGGCCGCCGCCUCUCCUCCACCACAGGAGUUCAGACCCCGGCGCCCCGCUGGUACGGCGAUCUCUUUCGCCGGCAGUGAAUCGCGCGUUCGUCCGGUCUUCGUAAGACCGCCCGUUACACAUUGCCCUCACCACCACAACCUGGUGGCCAGCGUUGCAGGAUAUGAAGGCAACGCGUCGCUGUCUGUGACAGUUGAGCCUCACGAGGCCACAGCAGCAAAGCUGGUCCUCAUGGAGGGCCAGGCUCAGGUGCCCCACUCCGCAGGGCCAAUCGCCUCAGUCAGCUCAGGCCCCACCAACGCUAGAAAAUUUAUAACUAAUUUAGCCGACAAGUUGUCGGCGUCCAAGGCACAAAGUCUGGUGCAGAAGGAGGGUGCCCCUGAUGCAGGAGGUGCCCCUGAUGCAGGAGGUGCCCCUGCGUUCGCAAGUCUCGAUGCAGGGGCCCUGUCUCACGAGACCUGGCGCUACCACACCUUCUACGAGAUGGAGGACAUCCUGAAAGAUCUCGUGGACAAACACGACCACGUCGCGUCGCUGCACACCAUCGGUCGCAGCUCCACAAGUCGCCCCAUCCUGGCGCUGGAGUUGUACCUUCCCCCGGCCCCUCCCUCUGGCCACGUCACGCUCAUCUCCACCAGGAGCCCUAAGGGCGUUAGCGCCCCCCAUGACCCACCAAGCGUUCUCCUGCUGGGGGGCGUGAGAUCUCAGGAUGUCACAUCCGCUGAAAUUCUACUUAAACUUGCCACUCACAUGGUCGCUAACCACCACGAAGACCCUGACAUCAACGCCCUCCUGAAGGCGGUGCGGGUGUUCAUUGUGCCCUCCCUCGCCCCCGACGCCCUCGACGCCCUCCCUCAGGAGACGGCGGCCGUCACCGCAGCGCCCGUCCUCGGCUACGGCAGGAGGGCGGCGCCCUCGGAGCUCUGCUUGGAUGAACACGUCAAGCCUAGCGUCAACUUCGACGCCAUCUUUGAUAAUCAUAGCGACGCGACGGUGGGCGACGUGCUGACGUGGGGGCGGCAGCAGCGGCUGACGCUGACGGCGGUGGUGGGGGGCGGUGCUGAGGGCGUCACCCUGCCCUACGCACAGCAGGGACGACAGAUGCCGCCCCUUGAUAAGCUCGCGCUGUGGGAGCUGGGGAGCAGGUACAGCGCGGUGGCAGGGCUCCCACAGCAGUUGGACGCCUGCUGGGGGGCGCCCCUGGACCGCGGCGUGAGCGCUGCUAACGAACUCACUGACCCCCACCCCGGCGCCUUCAUGGACCGAUGGUACAGCGAGAGCAUCAGCCUGCCCCUGACGGUGCACUACGGCUGCUGUGGUGCAGUGCAGCCACAGCACCUGCAGCAGCUGUGGCAGCAGCACUCCAGGGCGCUGCUCAACUUCGCUCAGGCGUCCCUUGCUACAUUCAACGGCUACGUGGUAGACUCUAGCAACGCGCCCGUAGCGGGGGCGGAACUUUACUUCGACAACACCUCCUUCAGCGUCCGCUCCGACACCAACGGCGCCUUCCGUCGCCCUGUCGCCCCUGGCGCCCACACCAUCACAGUGUCCGCCCACGGCUUCUUCCCCACCACCGUCCCCGUCACCGUGCAUGGGGAACUAGAAACAUAUACAGAAGGGCAACACCCUCCUGCUGGUGGGGAAGUAGGGGUAACGGGACAUGGAGGUGUCCCGCUGGUCGUGGUGCUGCAGCGAGACAUGAGGGUCUGGGGCGUGCCGAGACUUACGUUCGUCUUCGCUGUUGGUGAGCUGCCAUCCGUGCAGUGUUCUGGCUACACACAGAGAAAUAUUUGGGAUUUUUCCGAAUAGCGAAG